AUGUCUUCGUGUUUCAGCGGCGGCGGAAGAACCUAUGCAUUUGAGCUUGACAUAGUCAAAUCCCCAUCCACAUCAACCCGAACCUCCACAUCUUCUCCUUCUUCAACUCUCUCAGAAUCAAGCAACUCGGGCCUCGCAAUCUCAACUCGAAAGCCCCGAACCCCUCGAAAACGCCCCAACCAGACUUACAAUGAAGCCGCCGCAUUGCUCUCCACAGCUUACCCCAGCAUCUUCUCCACCAAAAACUUCACAAAUCCUCGGAAAUUCACCAAGCCCCACGACUCGUUCUUGGACCAAUCUGCAGAAUUGCUCUUGCCCUUCAGAGCCAUCGACGACGGAAGCUCCGGUUUCUUAAUCGUCGAGCCAAUCGGAGAAAAACCCAGUUCUCAGUUCGAGCCCAAAGCCCUGAAUUCGUUCGAAAAGAUGUGCCAGAGUCCAGGGGAAUUCGAUUCCCAGGCUAAUUCCAAUUCCAAUUCUAUGGAGAUGUGUGGAAGCUACCAUCACCAAGAGGAAGACUUCGACGCCGAGUCGAUUCUCGACGAGGAGAUUGAAGAGGGGAUUGACAGCAUCAUGGGAAGUAUGAGCGUGAACAUGGAUUCAGUCGACGAGUCUAACAAUGGCGGCGGUGGCGGUGGCGGUGGCGGGCAAAUGAAUUCGAACCCGAAUCCAAAUUCCUCGAAUUCUUGUUACGGGUAUCCGAUGGGGUUGGGAUUUGGCGGGAAAUUCGAAUUCGGGUUCGGGUUAAGAAGAGGGGGAGUGAGACCAUUGAGGCAUGUUGAUGAUGGGAAUUGGUGGAGCUUCCCCACCGUCGAUGUUCUUGAAAUCUCUCCCAGAUUCAACAAAUCUCAGUCUUCUUCUACCCCAGCUUCUGCUUCGGUGGCCUCGGCCGGGAAGAAGAAGAAAAAGAAAGUGGAAAAACUAUCGGUUUUGGAAGCGAAAGCCGUCGCGGAAUUGCCCAAGGAGGCGAAUCUGAUUGCCAAGGCGGAGGAGCCUGGGCUGAUGCUGAAAUUGGACUACGAAGACGUUUUGAAUGCCUGGUCGGACAAAGCGUCGCCGUUUUCGGAGGAAAUGCCGGGAUCUGAUGUGCCCGGAAACGACGUCUCUGCCAGGCUAGCGCAGAUUGAUUUAUUCUCAGACGCCGGAGGACUGAGAGAGGCUAGCGUGCUGCGCUACAAGGAAAAACGGCGUACACGCCUCUUUUCUAAGAAGAUCAGGUACCAAGUCAGAAAAGUCAACGCGGAUCGACGGCCCAGAAUGAAGGGACGGUUUGUUAGAAGGCCUCAUUCUAGCACCAAUGGUCAAAGACAAAAGGAAAUAGCAUAA